AUGCUACUUACUACCCCCUCCCCGUCAAAUGAAGCUCCCCCUGCUCCCGGCAACCAGGAAGGUACUAUCCCUAGUCCGGUGACCAUGAUGACCAAUCUCUCCUCUCAAAAGGUCGUGCUGUUUGCCACUUGCUCGGUGUCCGUUUCGGAUAAAUCUGGCAGACUUGUUACUUGUCGUGCACUGUUGGAUUCAGCUAGUCAAGCCAGUUUUGUGACAGAUUCCUUUGCGAAGAAAUUAGAGCUUCCAAGGUCUCUCUCUCCGACACCAAUUCAAGCCCUCAACCAAAUGUCGACGUCUGCGUUAGGGAAGGUUGCCCUGAACGUGACCCCCUCCCAAUCCCCUGCUCUCCAUAUAGAGGCUUUAGUUAUUCCAUCUAUUUGUGAUAAGGUACCCUACCAGGUGAUUGAUAAGCAGAAUCUAAAACAUCUCAGGUCCCUACCCUUGGCUGAUCCCCACUUCUGUGAACCCAACGAAAUAGACGUGCUUUUAGGGGCAGAGGUUUACGGAGAUAUUUGUUUGCCAGGAUUUAGAAAAGGACAGAACGGUGGCCCAUGCGCUUUUCGGACCAACUUCGGAUGGGUUGUCUUAGGAAAAGUGAAUUCUUUAGAACCAACUUUUCCCUUUAAUUUUUAUACCACUGAUAAACACCCUUCACUUGGUGAAUCUUACCCUCAAGCCCUUAGGCCAUUCCAGUUGUUAGAGGCGCGUUUGGCCAAGAACCCAACUUUGCGAUUAGCCUACAACGAGUUCUUGAGAGAUUAUUGGGAACAAGGUCACAUGGCACUCGUUAGCGACCUGCCCCCCUCUCCCCAAGGUUACUACAUUCCUCAUCACGCCGUCUGGAAGCCACAUAGCGAACCCCUUAAAUUGCGUGUUGUGUUUGAUGCUUCAGCCAAAACUUCCAACGGACGGUCUCUGAACGAUCUUCUAUUUACGGGUCCCAAGCUCCAACCCGACAUUGGAACCAUUUUGCUCAUCCUUCGACUGUACUGUGUGGUUUUCACCACCGAUAUUCGUCAGAUGUAUCGUCAAAUCCUAGUGAGUGACGCCGACCACCUCUUCCAGCGGAUUCUGUGGCGUUUUGAUCCCCGCGAAGCAGUGCGAGAGUACUUCUUGUCAACGGUGGUCUAUGGACUAAGUUGUAGCCCAUACCUGGCUAUUCGCGUGUUGCGUCAGCUUGCUAGGGACGAAGGAGCGCGUUACCCGUUAGCAGCCCGUCUCCUAGAUUGCCAAACCUACAUCGACGACAUUAUCGGAGGCACAGACUCGUUGGAGGAAGCCCGUGAGUUGAGGGAUCAAUUAGUAUCGCUGCUAAAAUUGGGUGGUUUCGAGUUGCGCAAAUGGGCGAGCAACUCCCCCGAGUUAUUGAGUUCACUCCCCGCUUCACAUCAUCAACCCGUUUCCCUAUGCGGAGACGACAAUCCCAGUUUAAAGGUGUUGGGAUUGCAGUGGUGUCCCUUACGGGAUGUGUUCUCCUACCGCAUCCAAGUAGCGGAUAGGACGUGCACAAAAAGGAAUAUUUUGUCACAAGUAGCCCAAAUAUACGAUCCCCUAGGUUUUUUAUCCCCGGUCGUGUUGACUGCCAAAAUUCUCCUACAGAGGCUUUGGUCCCAGGGCGUCGAUUGGGAUGCACCUCCCCCCCGCGACAUAUUCGAAGAUUGGAGUUCGUUUUCAUCUCAGCUGGACAGUCUUUCUGGGCUGACAAUCCCUCGUCGGGUACUGCCUAGCAAUGGCGUCCAGGUGGAGACGCACGGAUUUUGUGACGCUUCGGAGCGCGGAUACGGUGCAGCCGUGUAUCUGCGAAGCGUCACAGAGGGCCAUAUCUCCGUCACCCUUCUGUGUGCAAAGAAUCGGGUACCGCUUUUGAAGCGAGUGUCGAUCCCCCGUCUGGAGUUGUGCUCAGCGUUACUGCUCGCCCAACUCGUAUAUUUCGUCCGAUCCACUAUAGCCUCUGAGUUGACUACCACGAGAGUAUUCGCCUGGAGUGACUCCAAAAUUGCGUUGUCUUGGAUAAAGUCCUCCCCCCACAGAUGGACAACUUUUGUAGCCAAUCGCGUGUCCCUCAUUCAGGACAUCAUUUCCGCCAGUUCCUGGCAUCACGUCGCCGGUUCAUCCAACCCUGCUGACUGCGCAUCCCGAGGGCUUUUCCCCGAGCAAAUAUUAAUCCACCCCUCUUGGUUCUGUGGUCCCCCUUGGUUGCGUCUUCCGGUGGAAGAGUGGCCCACCUCCGACUUCACCCCCGGAGACGAUCUGGAACUGGAACGUAAACCAGUGUUGACUUGUGUGUCCACCCCUUUAGUUGACUCGCUCGGAGAACUGUUAACCCGUUUCUCGUCGUUACGAAAAAUUGAGAGGAUCCUGGCUUAUUGUUGUAGGUUUCUAAAUAAUUGUCGUACCCCCGUUCCCAAGCGAGCGCUUGAUAAUUUGUCUUUUGCGGACACAUACCACGCCCGCGCAUUGCUGACAGGAUACGUCCAACGUGAGGUGUUCGCCGGUUUGCUGAAGUGUCUUCGAAACGGUAAACUGUGCCCCAAACCUUUACGCUCCCUAGCGCCCUUUAUCGACGAGCACGGUCUCAUUCGAGUCAAGCCAUUCGCGCAUACCGGUGUCGAUUUCGCUGGUCCAAUUUCCAUUACCCUUGCGCGAAGGCGCGGCGCUAAGACUCAGAGGGCUUAA